UCGAGGCAACGCAAACAAGUGAACACAUCAAACACGAAUAGUACCAAACACUUCAAGUCGAAGAAUAAUUUAAUUUAAUUCAAUUGGAAAAGUGAAAACAAGUGAAAUCGUCAUGUCGCUAAUUCCCCUCCUGUUCCGGGACAGUUUCAUGGACGACUUGCUGCGCCCAAGCAUUUUGGACAAGGCAGUUUUCGAAGAUGAAUUUCCGUCCGAAUUUCUUGUGGCAUUCAACGGCAUUCCAACUCGUCGAGGAAAUAAACGACGCUGCGCAUGUAACCCAGAGGAAAAUAAGAUCGUUCAGAAGAAAAUCAAAGAAGACUUCGAAGUCAGCAUCAAUGUCCAGAACUUCAAACCAGAGGAAAUCUCCGUCAAAAUGGUGGACAAUUACAUUACAGUCGAGGGAAAGCACGAGGAAAAGCAGGACGAGCACGGAUUUGUGUCGAGGCAUUUUGUUCGGAAGUACCGACUUCCGGAGGGACACGAUCUGGAGAAGGUUGCAUCGUCACUCUCAUCCGAUGGAGUGCUGACCGUUAGGGCUCCCAGAUUGGCAUUACUUGAAGCACCAGCAAUGGACAGGACAAUUCCAGUUUUACGAGCGGAGAAGACUGUUAGUGAUAAAUCGAAUGUUAAUGAAUAAAAUGUUUCUUUAGUGUA